ACUACUCGCCUAGGAAAUCAAAUCCGUCUCCAAAUUUAUCCCGUGGUUCCAAAACAAUACAGAGAGAGAGAGAGAGAGAGAGAGGACGGAGGACGGAGAAGAUGGCUCAAAUUGGUUGUUUUUCUUUUGGCAGUCCCAUGGAAUCUGGUAAUUACCGAAAAGGUAAUCUUCUUCCUCCAUCAUCCUUACACCAUCAUCCAUCGUUUUCCCUUCAUUACCAACAAUCUACAGACCCUAGUUCCCCUCUUCCUGCUCCAACUAUCAUCGUUCAAGAAAAACACCUGCAACCACAGUCGAUGAGGAAAAAGCACGAUGUGGGCCCCAAUAGUCUCCGAGGAGCUGAAUGGGUAAUCGAUCGGCUCCCUCAAAUGCCGCGUCGGGAGAUUCGUAGAGCUUUAUUCAACUUGACGACAGCGGGUAGGUACGGUACCGUUAUUUCUCUUUUCAACGAGUUGCAGUCACGAGGCACUCACCCAGAUAUUGUUACCUUGAACAUUGUAAUUAACUGCUACUUCCGCGCGAAACGAGUUGGUUUUGGGUUCUCUCUUUUCGGGUGCCUCUUCAAACGCGGUUAUGUGCCCAAUGUUAGUACCCUUUCCUUUCUGUUGAAUGGGCUUAUUUCUCAAGAUAAGACUGUUGAGGCCGUGGAGUUAUUUGAGAAAUUAGUCAGAAAAGGAAAAAUCAGACCCCAUAUGGGUAUGUGUGGACGUAUUUUAAAUGGCCUUUGCAAAAUGGGAAACACCGGACUGGCUAUUAGGUUUUUUAGGACGUUGGAAAAGGAAGGUUUAAAACCUGACACCAUGGCAUAUAGCAUGAUCAUUGACCGUCUUUGCAAGGACGGGAUGGUGGAUGACGCUCUCAACUUCUUAGUUGAAAUGAAUAGCAAAGGUAUUCGUGCAGAUGUCGUCACUUAUACAUCUUUGAUUUGUGGCCUCUGCGAUUGUGGCAAGUGGAAUGUGGCUACAGAAAUUCUGAGAGAAAUGUUGGAUAAUGAUGUUUCACCAAAUGUUCGUACAUUUACUGUGUUGGUCAGUGCACUUAGCAAGCAAGGGCUGACAAAGGAAGCGGAGGCGCUAUUUGAAGUCAUGAUAGAAAGAGGUUUGGAUCCUGAUGUAGUCAUUCACACGAAUCUGAUGCAAGGGUAUUGUUUGCAAGGCCAGAUGGAGGAAGCAAGGAGAAUUUUCAAUGCCAUGGUGGAUAGGGGCCUUGAUCCUGACACUCAUUCCUAUAACAUUUUGAUAAAGGGUUAUUGCAAGAACAUGAAAUUAGAUGAGGCUAUGCAUCUCUUCAGAGAAAUGCCUCUACGGGGUUUGGAAUGCGACACCAAAGAGUAUAACAUGAUCAUUGACACUCUUUGCAAGGAUGGUAUGGUGGAUGACGCUUUCAACUUCCUUGUAGAAAUGAAUAGCAAAGGUAUUCGUGCAGAUGUUUUAUGUUAUACCUCUUUGAUUCAUGGCCUAUGCAAACAUGGCAAGAGAAAGGAAGCUACAGAAAUGCUAAGAGUAAUGUUGGAUAGUGAAAUUCCACCAAAUGUUUGGACAUUUAAUGUGUUGGUCAGUGCACUUAGCAAGCUAGGGAUGACAGAGGAAGCGGAGGAGUUACUUGAAAUCAUGGAAGAAAGAGGUGUGGUUCCUGAUGUAGUCACUUACACGGGUCUCAUGAAGGGAUAUUGUUUGCAAGGCCAGAUGGAGGAAGCAAGGAGAAUUUUCAAUGCCAUGGUCGAUAGGGCAGUUCAUCCUAACACUUAUUGCUAUAACAUUUUGAUCGAGGGAUAUUGCAAGAACAUGAAAUUAGAAGAGGCCAUGCAUCUCUUCAGAGAAAUGCCUCUACGGGGUUUGGAAUGCGACACCAAAGAGUAUAACAUGAUCACUGCCAGUCUUUGGAAGAAUGGUAUGGUGGAUGAUGCUCUCAACUUCUUUGUAGAAAUGAAUAGCAAAGGUAUUCGUGCAGAUGUUUUCACUUAUACCUCUUUGAUUCAUGGCCUAUACAAACAUGGCAAGAGAAAGGAAGCUACAGGAAUGCUAAGAGAAAUGUUGGAUAGUAGAAUUCCACCAAAUGUUUGUACAUUUAAUGUGUUGGUCAGUGCACUUAGCAAGCUAGGGAUGACAGAGGAAGCGGAGGAGUUACUUGAAAUCAUGGAAGAAAGAGGUGUGGUUCCUGAUGUAGUCACUUACACGGGUCUCAUGAAGGGAUAUUGUUUGCUAGGCCGGAUGGUGGAAGCAAGGAGAAUUUUCAAUGCCAUGGUGGAUAGGGGCGUUCCUCCUGACAGUUUUUGCUAUAACACUUUGAUCAAGGGAUAUUGUGAGAACAUGCAAUUAGACGAGGCCAUGCAUCUCUUCCAAGAAAUGCCUCUACAGGGUUUGGAACGCGAUACCACUACUUUCACAAUUAUAUUGCAGGGUCUGGUUUCACUAGGUAGAUAUAAAGCUGCUGAAGAAAUUCUUAAUGAGAUGCAAACUGCUGACCUAAUUCCCGACAACAAAACUUGUGAUCUCUUGUUGAAAGGCCUUUUCCAAAGUGGGCAUAUUGAUGACGCAUUGUUCUUAUUUCAAAUGAUGGAAAACAAAGGUUUAGAUGUCGAUAUUGGCAAGUACAAUAUCCUUAGUGAUGCAUUUUGGAAGAAUAAAAAACUUGAGAAUGCAAGGGAUCUUGUCACUACGCUUCCUUCCAAAGGGUCAUGUCCUGAUGUUAAGACAUCAUUGUUGUGAUGCAAGAUCCUGUGAGAAUGAUGUCACUUACACGUUACACAUUAUCGAUGGGGAAUUCUUUGACGUUUGAAGUCCUUUGAUGGAAGUCCUUUGAGGCAUUUUUACUCCUUGAGGAAGUGACUGGAAUGGGUAUUUCGCCGAAUGCAUUGUAUCCUUGAAUUUUGAUUUAAUCUCAACUAAAGGAUUAAUUUCGCCAAAUGUUGGUGGAUGCACUUACUAAGGAAUGGAUGGAAAAAGGAAGCAGAAGUGGAUGCGCUUAUUGAGGCACCGAAUGCAUUGUAUCCUUGAAUUUUGAUUUAAUCUCAACUAAAGGAUUAAUUUCGCCAAAUGUUGGUGGAUGCACUUACUAAGGAAUGGAUGGAAAAAGGAAGCAGAAGUGGAUGCGCUUACUGAGGUACCGAUGGAAAAGGACACAGGAGGCACUCGCUGUCAUGAUGGAAAGAGUUAUGGAUAAUGAUGUAGUCAUACCGAGUAUCUAUUCUGCACAAAGGUGUCUGCUAACCAACACAUUAUUUAUUCUGCCGGCAUAAAUAGUUGCCUGUGUUUCAAACUUAGUGAGUCUUUAUCGGGUUGGUUAGUUAAUGUGUUAGUUUUACAUGUGGUAUUGGAAAAAUGACUGAUUCGUAA